AAAGUACAAGAAAAUCAAGACAGAUUCAAAGAUGGAAGCAAUGUACCAGUACUAUGUCAUGAAGAGGUACAAGAUGGAGAAGAUGAAGAGAGGGGAAAUUGAGCCUCCUUUCAUUAGGAUUGGUGAUUUCCACAUUACCUACCCCAACUUCCAGAAGUCGUUGAAGCCACGUGCUCAGAUUUGCAACGAAGUCAUGUCUUUAUUCAUCGAAACCUUCAACAUUGAACAGUUGUCGUCUUCAAAGAAGCAGAAGAAAUUUGCUUUCUCUGUUUUAAUGAGUCUUCAACUCUCUGUCCACCCAGAAGUUUUUGAUCCGAGUGUUUGUGCAAGAGAGCUGAGGAAGGCGUGCCAAAAUUUUCAGAUUUCAGGUUUCGACCUACUUUUCUUCACCAUCGUCCGUGAUGGCCACUGGAUUGUCUGUGUGGUUAACCUCUUGCACAAGGAGUUCAAUAUGUUUGACUCUUUGGAUGACGGGAAAUUGGACGUUGCUGCAAGGAAUCUGUUUAUCAAUUUCAAGAGGAUUGCUACCGAAGAGUCGGAUUUCACAGCGGAUCUAUCUUCUUUCAAAACAGACUGGCCUGUGCUUGACUACCCACAACAAUCAACUCACUUUGAUUGUGGAUUGUUUUCAACAAUGUACCUUGAAAAUUUUGAUGGCCAAAUGAUGAAUGAUUUCAAGAAGCAAAAUAUGCUUGAUGUGCGGAAGACCAUUGCUUCGAAGUUGUUUUUCCAUCCUUUGAACAAGGUUUUCCCUGCUGAUGUGCAUAAGGCGAUCAUAGCGGCUUGAAGGAAGUGACCACAUUGCAUUGUAGAAGGCGUUUGCAGCGGCCUUGAAGAUGCAACUUUGCAAUUUUGGGUAAUUCAUUUCGCUAGUAGUGCAUCUCUGUUAUCUUUGUGUGCCAAAUGAGACUCCAUGUAAUGAAACCAGAUGUUGGGCUCUUUUGGAUGGCUGGAAUAAUUAUCAGUAGUUUGUAGUAAGGAAACAUAUUUUUUUUGUUUCGAGAUUUGAUGGAAGCUAUAACUAUGUGGUGAAUUUGUAAGCAA